AUGUCGCUAAGUUCAGUGAUUAAACAUUCAAUAAAAUGUAGUGUUAACUUAGAGAGAUAUUUCCAUUUUACUUUCUUCCAUUUCCAUUUUUCCUUCCUUCUUUCCUCCUUUCUUUUCCAUUUUUCCUUCCUUCCUUCCUUUCUUUUCCAUUUUUCCUUCCUUCCUUCCUUCCUUUUCCAUUUUUCCUUCCUUCCUCCUUCCUUUUCCAUUUUUCCUUCCUUCCUUUCUUUUCCAUUUUUCCUUCCUUCCUUUCUUUUCCAUUUUUCCAUUUUUCCUUCCUUCCUUCCUUUCUUUUCCAUUUUUCCUUCCUUCCUUCCUUUCUUUUCCAUUUUUCCUUCCUUCCUUCCUUUCUUUUCCAUUUUUCCUUCCUUCCUUCCUUUCUUUUCCAUUUUUCCUUCCUUCCUUCCUUUCUUUUCCAUUUUUCCUUCCUUCCUUCCUUUCUUUUCCAUUUUUCCUUCCUUCCUUCCUUUCUUUUCCAUUUUUCCUUCCUUCCUUCCUUUUUCUUUUCCAUUUUUCCUUCCUUCCUUCCUUCCUUUUCCAUUUUUUUCCUUCCUUCCUUCCUUUCCAUUUUCCUUCCUUCCUUCCUUUCUUUUCCAUUUUUCCUUCCUUCCUUCCUUUCUUUUCCAUUUUUCCUUCCUUCCUUCCUUUCUUUUCCAUUUUUUCCUUCCUUCCUUUUCCAUUUUUUCCUUCCUUUUCCAUUUUUCUUCCUUCCUUCCUUCCUUCCUUCCUUUUCCAUUUUUCCUUCCUUCCUUCCUUCCUUCCUUUUCCAUUUUUCUUUCCUUUUCCAUUUUUCCUUCCUUCCUUCCUUCCUUUUCCAUUUUUCCUUCCGUUUCCAUUUUUCCUUCCUUCCUUCCUUCCUUUUCCAUUUUUCCUUCCGUUUCCAUUUUUCCUUCCUUCUUUUUUUUUUUUUUUCUCUUUUUAUUUUGCGAGAUUUUCUUCCUUUCAGUAUUAAUUAAUUCUUCCUUUAUUAUCUAUUACUUUUUCUCCCUCUUAUUUUCUUUACCGCUUUACUCUUUCUUUUCUUCUUUUACUCUUCCUCUCUCGCUCUCCUUUUCUUCUUUUUCUUUCCCUCUCUCCUUUUCCUCUUUUUCUUUCCCUCUCUCCUCUUCUCUUUUUCUCGCCUCUUCUUUUUCUCUUCUUUUCCUCUUUUCCUUUCUCUCCUCUUCUUCCUCUCUCUCUCCUUUUCCUCUUUUUCUUUCUCUCUCCUCUUCUUUCUCCCUCCUUUUCCUCUUUUUUUCUCACUCUCCUUUUCCUCCUUUCUUUCUUUCUUUACCAUCUUGUUGUUUCCAUCUUUCUAACAUUUAUUCACCCUCCUCUCUUCGUUGUUUCUUUCUUUCUUUCUAA